AUGGAGUUGCUCCAGGACAGCAUCCCCAAGGUGUACGCGGUCGUGGCGGCGGCCGCGCUGUACGCUCGCGCAUCGUCCUCCCUCCUCCGGCCGGGGCUCCCACGUCUAGUCGCGCUUCUCCCUGUGCUCGCGCUCCUCGCCGCCGCGCCCCUGGCAUUCACUUCCUCCGCCAGCGUCCGGGGCACUGCCGCCUUCUUCUUCGCCUGGCUCUGCAUGUUCAAGGUCGGCCUGCUCGCCGCCGGCCGCGGUCCGCUCGACCCAGCCCUCCCACUGCUCACCUUCCUCUUCACCGCCUUGCUACCCGUCAAGCUACGCGGCGGCGCUGAGGGAGCGUCCAAGGCCAAGGCGCCGGUCUCCCUUGCUUCUUGCGCGGUCAAGGUCGCCGCUCUAGCCGCCGUCCUCCGGCUCUACCAGUUCAGGGACCGGCUGCAUCUCUACUUGCGCCUCGCUCUGUACGGCGUCCACAUGUACUGCUUCCUGGACCUCCUCCUCCCUUGCAUCGCGGCCGUCGGCGGCGCGCUCGGCAUGGAGAUGGAGCCGCAGUUCGACCGGCCGUACCUCGCCUCGUCGCUGCGCGACUUCUGGGGCCGGCGGUGGAACCUCAUGGUGUCCGCCAUUCUCAGGACAUCGGUCUACGAGCCCGUGCGGGCCCGCGCCGGGGUCGCUGCCGGCGUCCUGGCGUCGUUCGCCGUGUCAGGGCUGAUGCACGAGGCCAUGAUAUUCUACUUCACCCUACAAUGGCCGCCUACUGGCGAGAUAUCGGCGUUCUUCUUGCUGCAUGGCGCAUGCUGCAUCGCCGAGGGGUGGUGCGCGCGGCGGUGGACGGCGUGGGGGUGGCCUUCGCCGCCUCGCGUAGUGGCGACGGUGAUGGUGGUGAUGUUUGUCACAACCACGUCGUUCUGGCUCUUUUUCCCGCCGUUGUUCAGUGGCGGGAUCGAGGAGAAGAUCCAAGAGGAGUGGGCAGCAGUGGGGGCUUUCUUUCUAGACGCUGUCACAAAGAUUGGAUGCACGUAG